AUGCCAAUAUCACCACCGAAAAUCGACUUCAACUUUAUCGUCGCCGAGCCGCCAAGGAGCACUUAUUUAGAGACAAUUGACUACAUUCGAAAAUUCAUCUCCGACCGCCUCGUUUUCCCUGAGGAGGGCGUCUCACGGCAAUUCACCUAUGAUGAUUUGGAAGAGCUCUGUUUCCUCGGUCAGGGCACUUUCGGUCGAGUCAGCAAGAUGGUGCAUCGACAGACCGGGAAAAUCAUGGCUGUAAAGAAAGUUCGUUUGCUCACAAAUCAAGGAAACGAGCAAGAAACGAACAAAUCGAUGCAGAGGCUGAGAAUCGAAGUCGAAGCGAUCAAAAAGGCGAGCAACUGCGAGCAAAUCGUUCAAUUCUUCGGAGUCACCUUUCAUGAAUUUUUCGAUGAAAAAGUCCUUGGAUCGGUGGCUGUAUCGACAAUCAAAGCGUUGGAUCAUUUGAAAAACGAGAUGCACAUCAUUCAUCGAGAUGUUAAACCCUCAAACAUUCUGUUGGAUCGCCGCGGUUUAAUCAAAUUGUGCGACUUUGGGAUCUCCGGGUAUUUGGUGGAUUCAAUCGCACAGACAAUGGAUGCCGGAUGUCGUCCUUAUGGGCUCCCGGAACGCCUCAACUUCGCGAAAAAGAGCUACGACAUUCGGGCGCUGACGUCUGAGUCCCGGAAUCACGAUGGUAAGAUCAAUUUCGUAAAUGGAUGUUUGAUCAAAGAGGCGGAAAGUCGACCGAAUUUCACCCAACUUAUGGACACGGAUUACUAUCGAAAAUACGCGAACUUGAAAGAUUUCGCUCAUCUCGUUGCUGACUAUGUGAAUUUAGCAAUGAGCUCAACAAAUCAU